AGGGAAGGCUCCGAUCUCCCCAUUCAGCAGCUCCAGAGCAGGCAGAGCGGCCUGCCAGGUGCAUCAGAGGUGCCUCAUUCGCCCACCUUUGCCACCACACAAAGCUGCAGCUGCUGCCACAUAGAGAUGGAAUCCUACCUGAUCCAUGUGAAUGGCAAGACGUCCCUGCCCUCCAUCCUUGAUGUCCACGUCAGCCUCAACGGUGGGAAGGGCCCUUCUCUGGGCAAAGGGAAAAAACGCAAGGCCCACUGGGCCGUCAGGGCCUCCGAAAUGUCCAAGAGGACCUUCAACCCCAUCCGAGCCAUUGUGGACAGCAUGAAGGUGGAGCCCAACCACCAGAAGCCCCUGAUCUCUCUGUCCAUAGGGGACCCAACCGUGUUUGGGAACCUCCCAACAGAUGAUGGAGUCAUCCAAGCCAUGAAGGAGGCCCUGGAUUCUGGGCAGUAUAAUGGCUAUGCCCCCUCAGUAGGUUACUUGUCUUGCCGGGAGGUGGUCGCAGGCUACUACAACUGCCCAGAAGCCCCCUUGGAAGCCCAGGACGUGAUCCUGACAAGCGGCUGCAGUCAGGCCAUUGAGCUGGCCCUGGCUGUGUUGGCCAACCCCGGGCAGAACAUCCUGGUGCCACGGCCUGGCUUCUCCCUCUACAAAACCCUGGCUCAGUCCCUGGGCAUCGAGGUCAAAUUCUAUAACCUCUUGCCAGAGAAGUCGUGGGAAAUUGACCUGAAGCAAAUGGAGUCGCUGGUGGAUGACAAGACGGCUUGCCUGAUUGUGAACAACCCAUCUAACCCCUGUGGCUCCGUUUUCAGCAAAAGCCACCUCCAGAAGAUCCUGGCAGUUGCUUCCAGGCAGUGUAUCCCUAUCUUGGCCGACGAGAUCUACGCUGACAUGGUGUUUGAAGACUGCAAAUACGAGUCCCUUGCAAAGCUCAGCACCAACGUGCCUAUCCUCUCAUGUGGAGGCCUCGCCAAGCGGUGGCUGGUGCCUGGCUGGAGAAUGGGCUGGAUUCUCAUACAUGAUCGCAGGGAGAUCUUUGGGAAGGAGAUCAGAGACGGCCUCCUGCGGCUGAGCCAGAGGAUCCUGGGCCCCUGCACAGUUGUCCAGGGAGCUCUCAGCCGCAUCCUUCGCCAGACGUCCCCGGAAUUCUACCACAACACCCUCAGCUUUCUCAAGUCCAAUGCUGACCUCUGCUAUGCUGCCCUUUCCACUGUCUGCGGCUUGCAGCCUGUCCGGCCGUCGGGAGCCAUGUACCUCAUGGUGGGCAUUCAGAUGGAACACUUUCCAGAGUUUGAGAAUGAUGUGGAGUUCACGGAGAGGCUCAUUGCUGAGCAGUCCGUCUUCUGUCUGCCGGCCACGUGCUUUGAGUACCCCAACUUCUUCCGUGUGGUGAUCACAGUGCCCGAGGAAAUGAUGGUGGAGGCCUGUCGGCGCAUCCAGCAAUUCUGCGAAAGGCACUACGAAGGCGGCGAAGGAUCCCAGGACCUGGAAUGUGACAAGUAGCUGAGGGUCCCUGCCUGCCCGCCUGCCCUCCUGCCUGCCUGCCUCCACUCCUCCUGCAGUGAGUUGGGCUCACAGGGCCUGUGCCUCGCCAGCCCGUCCCCUGGCUCAACACCACUUCUGUGUGCCACAGCCUCUGAAGCCCUCAUACAACCAUGACACUUGCCUGGAAGUAGAUCCCCACAGAGACACUCCUCCCCUGCAGGCCCCCUCCUGCCUGUGCCCAGCGCAGCCAAAGAACUCCAGCAGGCGCUGCUGGGCACUGGGUGCUCCUGGCAGCCUCUGCAGUGGUGUGGUGUUGCUGGAGCCUCCCAGGUGCCCUUGAGAAAGACCUGCAAGCACCCCAACCUGUCCUUCUGCAGAGACCGUGCUGAGUCCUGGGCUGGCACAGGCCACCGUGGGCACCCGUCUCCCCCUUUCCCCCACCUAUGUCCUCCUGUACCUGUUUGAUGUUUAUAAGUUAUUAUACCUUUUGUAUGAAUAAAUGCAUGAAAAAUAUCCGGCUUUCUUUCCUCUGUGUGUCAAACUCUCGUUCAGC